ACUCUAAAUAAGAACGCUGCAAACAAAUAUCUGAAUCCGUAGAAUGUGACUAUUUAUAAGAAGUUUAAGGUCAGCAGAAAUGGCGUGAAAACCAAAUAAACGAAAAAGUCAGACCAAAGUAAAAGCUGGCAAAAAUGAAAAUAAACAUAAACAGACAAAAAUCGGGGUGCUCUUUUUAUUUGCUUUGCGAGGCCUGCAGAAUGGAGUUUGAAGUGAGCAGAAAAUCAAUAACAAACACAAAUAACAAAAGGAAUGUGAACAGCUUGCUUUAACUUAAAAUGGAACAUUAAAAAUAAAGACUUUGUAAAUACUAAAAAUCACACUGCUAAGCAUGGCUUAAAAGGCAAAAAUGAAAAUGAAUGAUAACAAUGGAAACAAGACGACAGCAGAAGUUGAGCACAGUUAACAAGACAACAGGAAGAGUCGAGUAGGGGUGUUUUUCCCACGAACUCCAAACUCCAGCUGCAGUGGAGUUUUGAAGUGAGCAGAAAAUCAAUAAGCAACUUUCCCACCCCCAACUUGCAACCAAAAAUGUAGAAGCUCCAAAAGCACACCCCCACAAUCGGAAAGCAUAAAGCAUAAGUGAACAAAAGCGUUAGCGAAUCAAUUGUUGGCCCGAAAUAUUGGCCCGCCUGCAGUGACACAAUUCCGGUCGAAAGCCACUCGGCCAUAAAGCAAAAGUGUCAUCCGCCCAGCUCACAGAAUAUAUUUUUGGUUUGGUUUCCGCUCUUGUUUUUCAUUUCAUGUUUGCUUGCUCUGCCCGCCGUUGUUUUUUUUUUCUUCGACUAAGAACAUUUAGCACAGCAAACUAAAAUUAGCCAGCACGCCGUCGACAGCGAUGAGAACUUACAAAAUCUGUCGCCAACUGCAGGCAAAGUUUGCGGCCGCGUAGCAGCAGGAAAUGUCCCACGACUAUCAAUAGCCAAUCCAGAACCGCUCCGAACCGAACCGAAUCGAACCCAGAACCCAGAGACCAGAGACCAGAAGCGCCAGGAAUCCAAUCCACCAGGAAGCCGGCAGCCAAGGGGAGCCGCAGGGGAGAGUCCGCACCAGUUCCUAUGCAGCUAUAUCCGAGUUUAAAUGAAAUUGAGCAAGAGCCUGGCAAACUGUCGCGCCAUCCGGCGCUAUUUGCUCAUAUUCACGGCCGUGUCCCUGCUGCUCCUGCCCCUCUCCCUGGCCUACCUGGUGUGGAACGAGCAGCUGCAGAAGAUCCGAGGAUUCGAGCAGCAAUCGCCGCAGCAGCCGCAGCAGCCGCAGCAGCAACAGCAGCAGCAGGAGCAGCAGCAGCAGCAGCCGCAGCAACAUGGCCAGUUUCCGUAUCCGGUGGUCCGGUAUCCGGUGCUGCUGCUGAACAAGAACAAGAACAAGGACCUGACCGUCGUGGCAACGGGCAAGACCAAGAACAAGUGGCGCUAUGUUGAUAAAGACAGCAACCAGACACUCCUGCCCCUCAUCCCCGAGUAUGCCGUGCAGACACUCACGCCGCAGGAAAUGCUCCAGGUGGAGCAGCGGAUGGACCAGCGCAGGGAGCGGCUGAAGGACAAGUGCUCCGCCUACGGCCUGGAUGUCCUGGGUCACGACGCGUGGCACACGCCGAACACGUGGGAAUUUUUGGUCAACAAAAAGUAUCACAUUAUCUGGUGCAAUGUCUUUAAGGCUGCCUCCUCGUCCUGGAUGUUCAACUUCAACGUCCUGGCUGGCUACUCGCCCAGCUAUCUGCGCAAAACCAAGAAGAUCCUCCUCAACCUGGCCAGGGAGCGCUAUCCCAGGGUGACCCUCGACGAGCUGCGUGAGGCGCAGAACUACUCGGUGACCUUUAUCAUCGCACGCGAUCCCUUCGAGCGGCUGUUGAGUGCCUAUCGGGACAAGAUGGUGUUCGCCCUGCCCUACUCCUUCCACGAUAAGUUGGGUCGCAGCAUUGUGCGCAACUACCGCAAGAAGCCCUCUCUGGCUGCUCGUGCGGCCAACACAAAGUUCCCGUCGUUUCCGGAAUUCGUGCACUGGCUGCUCGACCAGGUGAAGCGCGGCAGCUUCAUCGACAUGCACUUCGUGGCGGCCACCUCGUUCUGCACACCCUGCCUCAUCCGGUUCGACAUGAUACUGAAGUUCGAGUCGCUGGCGGAGGAUCAAUUAUAUCUAAUCGAAAAGACUGGCCUCAAGCGGGUGAUAGCGCCCGUGUGGCGCAACAUGGGCAAGGGCCGCAAGACGCACGAGCUCCAGCAGCAGUUCUACGCGCAGCUGACGCGCCAGGAAAUGCUGGAGCUCUACGAGUAUUACAAAUACGACUUCGAGCUGUUCGACUACGAUAUCCAGGAGUAUCUGCAGGUUGCCCGGCCGGAUGAGGCCGAAAGUCCGGCGGGCACAAAGAAUUAAACUAGCUCUGAAUUCUUAGACUUUGCUAAAAACCAAUGAAUCAAGUUCAACGAACUCACAUAUUAGCCGUCACAGUACGUAAUUGCAAAUGUUGAUAAUACUGAAGAAAACAAUAAUAAACUUAGCUAUAUUUAAACGAA